AGUUCCGUUAAAAAAGGAGAAAGUCAACGGGAAGUGACGUCAUCUACCACUUGCACAUGCGCAGACUGAUCGUGUGUUUUGGCACCAAUCUCGGAGAAGACAACAGAGCAGUGCGGUCUACGUCUGAGAAGAACAUCUUUUCCCUGAGCAGCGGGUGUAAACCUCCAGGAUGAAGCAGGAGAAACCACAGCCACCCCAUAUUAAAAAAGAAGAGGAGGAGCCACAUAUUACCCACAUUAAAGAGGAAGUUGAGGAGGUACAUCGCCCACACAUAAAGGAGGAAGAAGAGGAAUACAGUAUCAGUCAGAAUGGAGAGCAUCUUGAAGGAAUGGAGGUUGAUAUCUCCAAGAUUCCAUUGAAUGUUGUCAAUGUGAAGAGUGAAGAUGAUGAGGUCAAAAGUGAAAGUGAGGAGAAGAGAGAGGUGGAGCCUCCAAGCAGCAGCUCAACUCAACACAUGACAACAGAAGCUGAUGGAGACCACUGUGGAGGAUCACAAGGAGACAAGCUCUUAGCUCCACUAUCAGAUAGUGAUGACACAACGUCACACUCUCCUGACACUGAUGAUGAAGACUCUGAAGCUGAUACAACAUGUCCCACUGACAACACACACUUUGAAUAUGCUCACCGUGGCAAAACUUUCAAUUACUAUAGUAAUCUGAAAACACACACGAGAACACACACUGGUGAGAAACGUUUUUCCUGUGUAAGCUGUGGUAAAAGUUUUACACAAAAUCAUCAUUUGAAAACACACAUGAGAAUACACACUGGUGAAAAACCUUUUUCUUGCUCGUUUUGUGGUAAAGGUUUUACACAAAAUCAUAAUUUGAAGGCACACAUGAGAAUACAUGCUGGUGAAAAGCCCUUUUCUUGUUCAUUUUGUGGUAAAGGUUUUACACAAAAUCAGCAUUUGACAGGACACAUGAGAACACACACUGGUGAAAAACCUUUUUCCUGUUCAAUCUGUGCUAAAGGUUUUACACACAAUAUUAAUUUGAAAUCACACAUGACAACACACACUGGUGAAAAACCUUUUUCCUGUUCAGUUUGUGCUAAAGGUUUUACACAAAAUACCCAUUUGAAAACACACAUGAGAAUACAUACUGGUGAAAAACUUUUUAGCUGUUCAAUCUGUGCUAAAGGUUUUACACACAAGAAUUAUUUGAACGACCACAUGACAAUACACACUGGUAAAAAACAUUUUUCAUGCUCAAUCUGUGCCAAAGGUUUUGUACGAAAAGAUACCUUGAAAAGACACAUGAGAACACACUGGUGAGGUAGUGUGAGUUGCAGUGUGUGUGAUGAAAGAUUCUCAUAAAAGUACUAGUGUAAGAAAUGUAACACACUCUUGUCAGUGGGUUUCUACCAUUGAUAUAUUAGAUUUUUAAGAUUGGUUUUAUGUAUGUUAGAAGAAUGCAUUAGUUUACAACAUUGUGUACAUUCAUUUAAAAAAAAACAUUUUCAUUGAUUGAAAAGGGGACUGAAGUAUCAGCUUAUUUUGACUAACCAUAUUAAU